GUGAGAAAAAAGAAGAAAGGGAUAUAAAAAAUAAAAAUAAAAAAGACAUGUUUAUUUCUGCAUGUGUCUACGUACACCUUUUUGUGUACCCUAUCUACUUUUUUUUUUUUGACGUGGAAAAUGUAUUCUUUAUAGUUUUUAUAAAAUGUAUCGUAGAAGAAAGAUCGUUAAAGAGGAGAAACCUGUUAUUCCCGAUAACAUUAGAGACUUUGGUUAUGUUGUCAAGGACAAUGGUGAAAUUAGAAGCAUACACAGGGAUGAGCCCUAUGAAUUUGAUUACUUACCUAAAGACAGACCUUAUAACGAAGAGCGUUACAAAAAGUUCAUUGAUCUGGUUGGUGAUGUUGUCGAAGAGAAAUUACAAGCAGCUCCCUAUAACUUUCAAAAGGUUAUCGUGCCUAUUGGCGCUGACCCCACCAAAGACGUCCACUCUUAUAUCUACAUGACCCCUAAUGCAAUGACGACAACGGGUAAAGUGAUUGUUUUUAUUCCUGGUAACCAUACAAGAAUCGGUCAAUGGAGUAGAAGAGUCAUGUGUGACGAAAGCAUUGUGACUGGUUCCAUGAUGCAUAUUACGGACUUAGUUCGUGAAAAGGGAUAUGAAGUCAUCAUCCUUAAUUCAAACGGCAAUUACUGGUAUGAUAACAGAGCAUGGGACUCCCCUAAAGUGCAUUGUAGCGAGAUGACAGUUGUUCCUGAAAAUGAUAACCCGGAAAAUCAUUGUCAAUACGUCUUUCACAAUUUCAUAAGAAAUGUAAAGGCUGAAAAGGUGGCUGUUUUGGCCAUGGGAUGGGGUGGUCAUAGUUUCACGCUUGCAUUAAACAACGAAUUUGAUUUUAUCAAGGAUCGCGUAAAGGCCGUUGCCAUGACGAACAGUGUACAUGCACGCGAUUUAAUCGAAGGUGAUGGCAGACGCGCAUUUAUGUUUGAUAAUUGUGUAAAUUGGGUUGUAUCAAAUGCUAAAAAAGGAGAAACUGUUCAAGAUCUUCGCUUUGGUUGUACCAGCAUCUCAUCAGAGCUUGAAAUUGCUGAUUUCACCUUGAAUACCAUGCUGGAUGAUAUCAUGAAAUUCAUUUAUAUUAAAAUGGGUGACAUUGAACCCGUUGUUGAAGAGAGCGAUGAAGAAGACGAUGAGAACAGAGAAUUGACAAAGGAGGAGUUGGCAGAACUUGAUGAUAUUGAUAUGCUGAGUGUUGAAUAAUAAAAUAAAAAAUAUCACCUUUUUCAGAUGUGAAAUGAUGUGUCAAUAUGAUAUGUACGCAU